AAAUGCGCGGUCGAGUCGAGACUCGAGUCUUUGUUUAUUUCAGAAUUCAAAUGAAAUGAGCGCGAUGGGACUGCAAGACGCUGGUCGGAUAGUCUGAUAUCCUGAUGUAUUGACUACUUACUCAUAUACAAAUAAAUAUCAUAAAUGGGAAUUAAGUAAAUAUAAAAAGCUAGUGCACAGGUUAUGAAAAUUUUCAAAUUGAGUUGAGAUGAUUGAGAGUUACAAGUCAAAUAAACUCUGUGGCCGUUUGGAUUCCUUGGAUACUUAUUGAAAUUGUGAGUUGAAUGCAUUGUAUAAUUCAUUUAGCGUCUUAUAGAAUCACUCAAUCAUGGGUCGAGAAGAAUUAAUGGUUGCGGUACAAACUGGCACUUAUCUGAAUGUCCAAGCUGCCUUUAAAGAUGAAUACUUGGCACACGAUGAAGAAUGGUUUGAUUAUAAACUUCUGAUGGCUGCAAUAGAAAGGUCACACAAGACCAUUGUUCAUUUUCUCUUGGAUAAGAAUUGUAGAGUAAGACGAGAAGAAACAACUGAGUCUUUUCAUACGCCUCUCUAUCAUGCAGUGCUUUUAGAUGAUUACCAACUUGUGAAAAAGAUGAUUUUAAAUGGAGCUUCCAUAAAGGACAAGCAUUUUACGCACCAAACGCCUAUUUGCUUAGCCAUAAAAAAGGGUCGUGAUUUUCUUGCUGAUGCCAUCCUGCGAUUGGCCAAUUUUGAUGACAUUAGUCCAACAAAUGCUGAUGACAUUGCUCAUUUUCAAAUUGCUUGUAUGAGAGAAAAACUUGAAGUUGUAGAACAAUUUGUUGAGCGUGGAUUUUCUCUUGAAACAGUUUCAGUUCUAGAUGAUGAAAAAUGGAAAGGCUUUACGCCUUUACACUUUGCAAUCAUGGGUUCGGAUAAAAGACCUAAAUGUCAAACUGCAAUGUAUUUAAUAAAUAAAGGUGCAGAUAUCUAUACGAAAAAUUCCCAAGAUCAAACGCCGCUUCAUCUGGCAUACUAUAGUAAUAACUAUGAAAAAAUGCAAAAGAGCAUUAGUUUAGCUAUUUCUUCACAAAAAGAAAAAUUUAGUAAUCCAGUUGAUAAAAAUGGAGUUUCUCAUUUCCACAUAUGCUGCAUGUGUAAUACAACAAAUUGUGUUGAAACUUUUAUAAAGAAGAAAGUCAAUAUUAAUACUUCAGUAUCUGCAGAUUUGAAGAAUGACCCUGGAUUUACGCCAUUACAUUUUGCCAUUAAAAACAAUUGCCUAGAUAUGGUACAAAUUCUGUUAAAAAAGAGCGUAGAAGUGAACAAACCCGCUAAUGAUUGUUUGACGCCACUUCAUUUAGCAUGUAAACUUAACCACAUAAAGAUAGUUGAGUUAUUACUGAAAUAUAAAGCAGAUGUUAAUGCAGUUGGCGAAAGUAGUUGUACACCCAUUCACUGUGCAUUUUAUGCAAGUCCAAGAUCAUAUGAACUUAUUGAUUUACUGUUAUCAUCUGUUCCAAAAAAUAGCAAUUAUUCAGAUUCACGAGGACUUUCAUAUUUUCAUAUUGCUUCUGCGCAAAAUAAUAUAGCUAUGGUGGAAAGUUUGCUCAAUCUUGAUGGAAUAUCAAUUGAUGCUCGAAUUAAUUUGGAUGAUGGGAUUAAUUCUGGAUACUCUGCAAUACAUCUAGCAGUGGAUUAUAAUUGCAAAGAUGUUGUUGAAUUACUUUUACAACAUAAUGCAAAUGCUAAUAUUGCUGUGAGUAGUAGUGAUAUUAGACCACUGCAUUUAGCAUGUAAUUAUAAUAAUGACAUAUUUUUAAAAAAUAAAAAAACUUACUGGAAAAAAAAGAAGAGAGGAUUUAAUUACGAAAAUAGUUUAGCGAUGCGAAUUGAAAUCAUGGAAAUAUUACUAGAUAAUAAAGCAGACAUAAAUGCUAAGACUUCUAAAGGAAAGACAGUGCUUAUGUAUGCAUGCUUGGAUGUCAGUAAUGUUCCAGAUUCAAUAAUCAAUUUUUUAAUAGCCAAUAAUGCAGAUAUUAAUAUGCGUACCAAUAAGAAGUCGACAAUCUUACAUUUAUUUGCUAACUGCAAAGAACACUUAUUUUCUAAAGUUGUAGAAUGGAGUGAGCGUUUUCUAUUACAAGGUGCCAAUGUAGAUGCUAUUAAUGAUCAUGAUUGUACUCCACUUUUGGUUGCAUUCAGAAAUGAGAGUAUUAACUUGAACUAUGAAUUGAUUAAAUUGUUAUUGAAGCACGGUGCCAAUAUAAAUGCCAGGUCAGGAGGAUCCAAGAAUACUCCUCUUCACUACCUUAUUGAAAGAAGUUAUCCCUGUGAGGCAACAAUGGACUUACUAUUGAACAAUGGCAGUAACAUUGAAGCCAAAAAUAUAUUUGGACACACACCAUUGCAGGUUGCUUUUUCUAGAGGACAGCUUUCUGCAAUUAAAAAACUGUUGCGUUAUGGAGCAGAUAUAAAUAGCGAGAAUCCAAAAGGCUUCCCAACUAUAAAUCCAUUUAGUUCAUGGAGAGGCAUAUAUUGCAUGUGUAAAGAAACAACAAAAGUGAUUGAAAUUCACAUAAAGAAAUUAAUCACUAUAGGAUUUCACAUAAGUGAUAAAGUAAAAAGAUCUUAUGGUUUGUUGAGGGCUCCACCUUUGAAUCUUCCCAGAGAAGCAGAUGAUGUUUUCAUUCAAUGCUCUGAAGAAAUAAAAAAAUUAAAGAAUGCGAGAAUUGACAACUACACUACCUUGUAUGACAUAUUGUUUAGAGAUCAGAAUGAAAUGGUCAAACAUUUGAAAAAUAAGACUUUGACAGAGAUGUUAAACGACCCUAGUUUGGAAAGAAAAUUUCCUUUAUAUGGAUAUUUAUUGAAAUUACAAUUAAAGAGAGGAUUGGUGAGGGAAAAUUAUUCAAAACCAGCUAAAACUUCUUUAGAACUUUUAAUUGGCAUGAGCCUUCCUGAUUCUUGUUCAGAAUCAAUUCUUGGAUACCUACGUAACAGAGAUCUUGUGAAUCUGAACAAAGCUAUCAAACUAACUGGCAGUAUCAAAAGAAAAUUGCAAGUCAAUAAUUCCAAGAGUGAGGUUCCUUCAAAGAAGCGACGACGGUAAAAUCGUGUCGUUUGGUAUGAAGCAGUUAAAACAAGCCAAAGUUAAUUUUAAAAAAAAGGCUAUGUUGACAUUUAAAUUUGAUUAAUGUUUAUAAGCUUUUCCUAAUUAAUGUUCUCUAUACAUAUUUAA